AUGGCCGUCUAUGGUGGUGACACCCACUGGGAGAUCAUGAUGCAAGGCUUCCGUGCCCAACACGACCGCUGGUCGGGCAUCCAGCGCUAUACCAAGCGAGAGUUCGACAAGUGGUUCGCCGGGUACGACGCCAUCGUGGAAAUACCUUCGUAUUUUGACACUGCGUGCCUAGAAGCCUACUUGGAGGACCCCGAGGUGAAGUUCAUCCUCACAGAGCGCACUCCACAAAGCUGGGCGAGAUCGCUCAACGGCUUCGUCGGUAAGAUUGUGACCGGCGUAGAGUCACCACCGAUGAACAUCCUCCGACACUUCAACCGAACGCUGAACUAUUUUUGCCUGCUAAACAUUGACUGCUACGACUACUGGAGCGAUUGCACACGGCUCAAGGACGCCCGAAACCAGGAAUAUCUGAUGAGGAAUUACGAGCAUUAUAUCAGAAGCGUAAAGAGGUUGAUCCCCUCAGACAGGAUCCUCGUAGUGAAGAUCGAGGAUGGGUUGGGAUGGGAACAGAUCUGUCCGUUCCUGGGUAAGGAAGUACCCAAGGGAGUCGAGUAUCCGAGAGGAGUCGAGCACGAGGAUGUCAAGGACAGAGUGCUGCUGCCGUUGCUGAGAAACGCCGCGAUGAAGCUAGCGGUGACUGUGAUGGUGCCGAUUGCGCUUGGAGUAGGGGCGUGGUGGAAGUGGUCUGGGUCAAGUUGA